AGAGUUUGGGCAAGGCCUGGACCACAUGUAUACUAGAAAAUAUACAUUAUAGAAGGCAUUACCACUCACAGUGGACAGUGCAGUGAGUGGCAAUGAUUGUGACCAGCAAUAUCUGGCAAAAACUGUCCAAGCAUACAGACAAGCGACUCUGUCAGAAAGAUCAUAAUCUUUAUCCACGUUCAAUGCAGAAAGCCCCACAUGCAUAUCUCAUAGAUCAGCACAGCAUUCUUUAGCCUCCACAGAACAUGGCAGAAGUCAUGUAGUUUGUAGAUAUACUACAUCCUGUCUCAUGACGUGACGUGCCAUGCGUCAGUGAGCAACUAUUUACAUAUAAGUUACAUGAGUUUGUUGUUAAAGAGUCUUUGUGGCGUGCAGUGCGACUGUGCACUGUGAAGAUAAAGCUGGUAUCCCAUCAAGGAACACAAGAUCUACGACUGGUAAAACUACUUUCGGUUCCAUAAAGAACCCUUAAGCACCAAUCACCAAUAUCUUCUUAAUAAUAUUAUUAAAUAAGAAAGGAGUAUAAUAAAGUAUGCAGAGAAACAAAGGCAUUAGCCUGUGUCCAGGCCCUUUGGUGUACGCCAGAUCCUCAUUUACUGAACAAAUCCCUAAUAAGAAAUCAUUGGUAAAUAUCAGAAAUGGAAUUUAGGAUCAUUUAGUAAAUUAGGCUCCAUAUUUGCAAGUUGUGACAGUGCUAAGAACAUUGCUGUGGAUAAACAUCCACUUAAUCAAGUGAAGAACCGUUAAAACACAUGGUUUGAAGCACCAUCCUUACAAUUAAGAGCAUGCUCUAGCUUGUAACCUCCCUGUGCGUGUUUAUAACAUGUCUAUAAUUAUGUGUCUGUGCUGUCUCUGUUUUAAUGGCGUUUCCUAUUUGAAUAUAAUUUGGUUACAGUUUCCAUGUUUGACGCCUCCGAAUGUUGAGCACGUGGUUGUGUUCUACAAAGGGUUUCUCACAGGACAAAAGAGGAGGUUGCUGAAGGCACACUGACAUCAUUGUCUUGGCCUCUAGGCGGAAAAAGAGACUGAAAGCGAAUAGGGACUGUUCUGAAACCGAGGACGAAGAAAAAAAAAUCAUCCCUGUGUGCUGCCUCCCCCACCCACCGCUGGAAUCCAGAGCUGCCGGUUUAACCCUGCAGUCGGUUAGCAGAUCAUUUUCACAGCUGAGCUGAAGGGAAGCAUGGAUCGGCGGGUCGAGUUGACCGGCUUUUUGUUGGCCGUCCUAGGCUGGAUUUGCACCAUCGUCACUUGGCAAAUUCCCAUGUGGUAUGUGACCGGUACAGUGGAUAACAACACAGACACUCUCGCUUUGUACUGGAACGGCGUUUGGUUAAACUGGCAGGAUCUCAGCAAAGGGAGCCUGCACUGCAACUUCUACAUGUCUUUGUUGUCUCUGGCUGAUCACUUUCGCUCUCGGAGAGCCCUGGUCAUCUCCUCUAUGGCAAUUGGAAUACUGCCUGUAUUGAUCUACUUGACAGGCCUACUGAAGUUUCCUCAGUUGGUACUAAUCAAGGCAACAGCUGGACUGGUUUAUGUCAUUUCGGGGUUGCUUCUACUGAUAGUUGUAUCUUGGACCACCCAUAUCACACAAGGCAGUCUGGACAUUGAUAUCCAACUCACCACAGAAUGGGGACCUGCUUUAUUCUCAGGGUGGAUAGGAACAGUGUUGCUGCUGGUUGGAGGAGGAAUACUGUGCAUCUACUGCUGUACAGCACCUAUACAGAUACAAAGAGGACCCGUACAGGCCAGUGUUCCACAGGAAGUAGAGCACCCACUCAAUACUAUACAAAGAACUGCAUACGAUAGCCCCUACAGACAAACUACUAGUCCCAUUUGAUGGAAGAAAAAAAAAGUGGACUUUUGAAUGCUUGAAUAUUGGGAAUACUGUGCAAUUCCAAUUGAUUUUUUGGACAUGUGCUACAAAACAUUACUUUUUGACACCGUCUUUGUUUAAAGUAUUGAUUUUGUACAUUUUCCAAAGGACAUUAGACAUCAAAUAUUAAUACUCCCUUAAUUCCAUGUUUUAGCUUGUCCAGAAAUGCAUGUGUAACGUGUGUAAUUUAGGGGUGGCUCAAUCUCUUGCAGACAAGACUACUACCGUAGACCUAAGCAUUGUCAGUACUAUGCAAAAAUGAAUUCUUUUGUAAGAAAAAUUCAGGAACACUGCCUUUUUGAUAGUUUAAAGUAAAGUAUUGUCUAAUAUGAUGCAGUUGCUUUAAGGCUAUUACCUAAGACCACUAUUAAGAAUUAAGGUGAGGUAUUCAUUUUCAAGACGACUGUAAACAGUAAAUAUUAACACUUAUUUAGCUUGUCCAGAAUGCAUGUGUACACUCUACGGUGACUUAAGCCCAUACAAACAGAAUGUUAAACCCAUUUGAGGGGGAAUAAAAACUGUAAAAGUUUUAUGAAUGCUUGAACAUUGGGAAUGCUGCUUAAUUCUUUUUGACAUUUGACAUGAAAUAUUGCUUUUUUUUUUUUUUUUUUUUUACACUGUCUUUGUUCGGGGGAAAACUAUUUUUGAACGUUUGACACUGGGAAUACUGAGCAAUUCCAAAAGAUUUUUGGACAUACGACAGAAAUACUGCCUUUUUGAUUGUUAAGUAUUGUCAGAAGUUCAGUAGCUCUAAACUUGUUACAUUAUGUGCUUACCAUUUUUAGCGAGAUGUAUAUUUUCCAGAGGACUGCAAACAGGAAAUUUUAAUUGUCCAAAAAUGCAUGUGUAAAAUGUGUACUUUAAGUGUGACUUGCAAAUGCUUAAACAUUGCGAACACUGCGUAAUACCAAUGAAAUAUUUGGCACAUGACAAGAAACAACGCCUUUUUGAUUGUUUAAAAUAUUCCCCGAUAUACAGUAGCUUCAAACUUGUUACAUGAUUUGUCUUAAAAUUUUAGGGAUAUGUACAUUUUCUAAAAGACUGUAAAAUCUAAAUGUUAAUACUCUAUAACUUUGCUUGUCCAGAAAUGCAUGUGUAAAAUGUGGAUUGUUGGGGUGAUUUAAAGUUUUAAUUAAAUUUCCUGACUGUAGAAGAAGCCUAGAAAUACAAUUUUCACAUAAUA